AUGAAUAUUCUGCCACUAAUUCUCGCCACGGAAAACAAUCCAGUGGAUUUGGUGCAAGGUGUUGGCACUGAUUUUACCAUACCAAUGGGGCAGUCUACUUUCUCGGAAAUGUUCGACGAGACAUUGAAAGUUAUGGAGAAGGAAUUAUCUCGGUUCAUUACGUUAGAAAUGACCGAAGAAGAAAAAACUAGUGCGAGAACAUUCUUUUAUGAAAGAUCCGAAAUCCCGGGUGUAGUGAUGAGCGUCGACGGCUCGCAUAUACGUAUUCUAGCCCCAACAGAGGAUCGAGUCUCGUACUUCAACCGGAAAGGCUUUUAUAGCUUAAAUGUGUUGAUGAUAUGCGACCAUCGAAAACGAAUAAGAUUCGUAGAUGCCAGAUUUAAAGGAUCAAACCACGAUUCUUGCAUCUUCAGCAUAAGUCCUGCUUAUGCAUAUUUUGAGCAAAAGUGGCGGAGUGGGGACAGAAUGUUUAAAUUACUAGGUGACUCUGCGUAUCCUGCCAAGCCAUGGCAGGGAAAUGCUGCCGCAAAUACACCUGAGGCAACAUUCAAUCAAAGGCAUGCCAAAGCGCGUUCAGUUAUAGAAAACGCAUUCGGUGUUCUCAAAGGGAAAUUUAGAUGCCUUCUUGGCGAACGCCUUCUCAGAUAUGCACCCCCAAAAUGUGUGCAUAUUAUAAACGUUUGUUGUGCCUUGCACAAUCUGUGUAUAAUGUACAAUGGAGCAGAAGAAGAGCAGUAUGAGGAAUAA